GAUGAUGAAGGUGACCAUGGCAAUGGGUAUUGUGUUAGCAAUGAUGGUAAUAAUGAAGAUAAUGAAGAUGGUGAUGACGGUGACUUUGAUGGUGUAUGCGAGGGUAAGGAUAAUGGUGAUAAUAGUGGUGGUGACGCUGACGUUGAUGGUGAUGAUAGUGAUGACGAAAUUGAUGGUAUGGGUGGAAGUGAUGAUGAUGGUGAUGAUGAUAGUAAUGAUGAUGGUGGAAGUGACGAUGAUGAUGAUGUUGAUGAUGGAGGUGAUGAUAAUGGUGAUGGUGAUAGUGAUGAUGAAGGUACUGAUGAUGGUAAUGGUGAUGGAGAAAGUGAUGAUAAUAAUGGCAAUGGUGAUAAUGGAAGUGAUGAUGAUAGCGAUGAUGAUAGUAAUGAUGAUGGUAGAAGUGGUGAUGAUGGUGAUGGUGAUGGUGGGAGUAAUGAUGAUUGUGAUGAUGAUAGUGAUGGUGAUAGUGGAACUGAUGAUGCUAAUGAUGAUGAUGGCGAUGAUGGUGACGAUGAUGAUCGUAAUGGUGAAGGUGAUGAUGAUGGUGAUAGAGUUGAUGAUAAUAAGAGGGAUGAUGAGGGUGAUGGUGAAGCGCUUGUGUCACAUCGUUCUCCGGUAAAUCCUGUAGGGCAGGUGCAUUGA